CCAUCAGGCUUUCUCCAGCUCCCCUAGGAGCCUGGCUGUGUCUCUGCUUUCCCCUCUGUGCAGCAUCCUCUUCCUCCUCUAUCCUCCUACCAGUGCCUGCAUGUCCUUCAUGUUCUUUCACGUGCUGCUCACAUGUCAUCUCUCCCAGGAAGCCUUCCUUAACUCUUAGGUUGAGUCUGGGACUCCCUGAAUAUCCUGGGCACUGGUAGAAAUGUUGAUUAUCUUGAUUGUGGUGAUGGUUUCACAGGUGCACGCAUAUGUCAAAACAUACCGAAGUGUACAUUCAAAUAUAUGCAGUUUAUUGCGUGUCAGUAUCCUGUGCACAUUUUCUUAGCUGUACUCACCACAUAGUCUUAUAAUAAUUUACAUGUAAUUUACAUUCCCCUCCCCACCAGACUGUGAGGCCCCCUCAAGGAAAGCUGGGAUCUUGGAGAGACAUCUUAUUUGGAUCCCUGCAUCCUACAACACCAUGCCACAAGAAGAGUGAUCUCGUCCCCAUUUUCACAAUGGAAGACUCAGGAAAGAUUUUCGGCUCCGAGGAGGAAGAAGCUAACUAUUGGAAAGACCUGGCGGUGACCUACAAGCAGAGGGCAGAGAACACACAAGAGGAACUCCGAGAAUUCCAGGAGGGAAGCCGAGAAUAUGAAGCUGAAUUGGAGACGCAGCUGCAACAAAUUGAAACCAGGAACAGAGACCUCCUGUCGGAAAAUAACCGCCUGCGCAUGGAGCUAGAAACCAUCAAGGAGAAGUUUGAAAUGCAGCAUUCCGAAGGCUACCGGCAGAUCUCGGCCUUGGAGGAUGACCUCGCACAGACAAAGGCAAUUAAAGAUCAGCUGCAGAAAUACAUCAGAGAGCUGGAGCAAGCCAAUGAUGACUUGGAAAGAGCCAAGCGAGCCACGAUCAUGUCUCUGGAAGACUUUGAGCAGCGCUUGAAUCAAGCCAUCGAAAGAAAUGCUUUCCUGGAAAGUGAACUUGACGAGAAGGAGAAUCUCCUGGAAUCCGUUCAGAGACUGAAGGAUGAAGCCAGAGAUUUGCGGCAGGAGCUGGCCGUGCAACAGAAGCAAGAAAAACCCAGGACCCCCUUGCCCAGUGCGGUGGAAGCUGAAAGGACAGACACUGCUGUGCAGGCCACUGGCUCCAUUCCGUCCACUCCCAUCGCACAUCGGGGACCCAGCUCCAGUUUAAACACACCAGGGACCUUCAGGCGUGGCCUGGACGACUCCACUGGGGGGACCCCCCUCACACCCGCAGCCCGGAUAUCAGCCCUCAACAUUGUGGGAGACCUGCUGCGGAAAGUGGGGGCACUGGAGUCCAAGCUCGCAUCCUGCCGGAACUUCGUGUAUGAUCAGUCCCCAAACCGAACAAGUGGCCCAGCCUCAGGGCGAGGGAAUAAGAACAGGGACGUCAGCGACAGAUGGCCAAGCAGCACCAGCGCACCUUUCGGUGAUAAAGGGUUGGGAAAACGCCUGGAAUUUGGGAAGCCGCCUUCACACACAUCCUCACCGUCGCUGCCGUCAGCCCAGGGUGUAGUCAAGAUGUUGCUUUAGGAAAACCACGGAAGCGGAAGCCCCUGGUGUUUGUGCAGUUGUUGUUACCUUUCUUCCUCUCCUUACACUGAGUGUUUGUUCUGUGUUGUUUUGUGUGAAGUUAGUUUGAGACAUGAGCCAGCAGUCACCGUAGUUCACUUUGUGCUUUGUGGCCCAAGCCAGUGACUGAGGCCAUCAGCUGUGGCCCCUGGGGUUCGUUUGUCCCUGUGAAAUGUGUCGUCAUUCCUGGCCUCCCUCUUGGUGUGUGCAUUGCUAGGAGGGACAGACCGGGCCCUCUGGGGAGGGCUCUAAAGUGUGGGUGGUGAGGCUACCCCCUUGCGCUGAGCUAACCCAAGAGAAGUCCUGAUUGUUCUUGGGAGGUGUUUUUAAUGUCCCCUCUCAGAGGCUCCCCCCAUAUCCCCAGUCAGCUGGAAUUGUCUUCCAGAGCAAAACCCCCCAGUGCUUUAUGGCCUGCUGAAAUCAUGUCUAGGAGUGAAGAACAGAAUAGUAGGCACAUGCCUUUUUUUAAACCGUGGUAGUGUACCUCUGAGACUUUUUAAUUUGCCUCUCAUUGAGGUUUUUAGAGGUGUGUUUGAGAUUCAGAGUAAUUUUCAGGUCGACCAGGGUCAAUGGGAAAUCUAUGUCCUCUUUAGGUAAAUUCUAACCGUUAGCUUUCCCUAGUCCCCUGCCCCGGCAUGGGGAUGACUUCUGCUCCUGGACCUUGGAGGUCACUGGGGUAGAGUGGCCUUGGUACUGCAGCCCUCAAGAACAGGACUUCAUUCAAAGCCACUAUGAAGUCACCAGGGUUACCUUCAAAUAAGAUUAAAACACAAGAUUAUUGGCAGCUUUCUUGUCAAACAAAGAAACUAACAUGGAAUUUCCAAAGCACAACGGUGUCUGCUCGUCACUGCGUGUUAGGAACUGCUGCCUCACGCUUUCAGAUGCAAGUAAAAGCACACUAAUUUCGAGAUGGUGCAUGCAGCUUCAUGGCCUGCCUUUUGUUACUAAGUUAUUUCUGAAAGAACAGCAAAAAUUUCCUGUUGUCGAAAAUAGAACUUUUCAAGUGCUACUGAACCUCGGCAGAGGUGGGUUCGUUACCCUAGAAACAUUCUAACCAACCUGUAUUGGUAAAAGAUGUACUUUUAUUUUUUUAAAAGAAUAAUAAAAUCAAGAGAAACGAA